AUGCCCACCCCCGAAUCCGCCGCGUUCCUGGCUAAGAAGCCCACCGUGCCCCCGACAUACGAAGGCGUCGACUUCGAAGACAACGUCGCCCUGCACAAUGCCCGCGACGCGAUCAUCCGCGAGCAGUGGGUGCGCAGUAUGAUGUCUCGGCUCGUUGGCGAGGAAUUGGGCAAGUGCUAUGCCCGCGAGGGAGUGAACCAUCUGGAGAAGUGUGGUGUUUUGAGAGAGAAGUACUUUGAGCUGCUGAAUGAGCGCAAGGUUAAGGGCUAUCUGUUCCAGGAGAAGAACUAUUUCGGGGGUGAGAAGUCCACGUGA